GGCGGCCUCGGGACGCGGCGGGAGCAUGGAGCCGCGGGCCGGCUGCCGGCUGCCGGUGCGGGUGGAGCAGGUCGUCAACGGCGCGCUGGUGGUCACCGUGAGCUGCGGCGAGCGCAGCUUCGCCGGGAUCCUGCUGGACUGCACGAAAAAGUCCGGUCUCUUUGGGCUGCCUCCGCUGGCUCCACUGYCCCUGGCUGACAAUGCCCCUGCCCUCAGCGGCCGCGGCCAGGCCCCUGAGGAGAGGGAUGGAGAGAUGAUGCAGCUGGGCACAGGCUCCCCAACUCCUCCCUGCAGGGACCAGCCCUCAGAGGACCAGCUCCCCAGGACGUCCGGCCCCGAGCCGCCCCCACCCCUGGUGCCUCCGCUGCCUGCUGGGAGCCUGCCCCCCUACCCGCCCUACUUUGAAGGCGCCCCCUUCCCUCACCCACUCUGGCUCAGGAACACUUACCAGCAAUGGGUGCCACAGCCUCCGCCCAGGACCAUCAAGCGGACCCGGCGGCGUCUAUCCCGCAACCGUGACCCGGGCCGGCUCAUCCUGAGCACCAUCCGCCUGCGGCCUCGCCAGGUGCUCUGUGAGAAGUGCAAGAGCACCGUGAGUCCCCAGGAGGCCAGCCCUGGACCCCCUGCUGCCCCCAGGGCCCGCCGGAGRCUGGGCAGCGGCCCAGACAGGGAGCCUCGCAAGCCCGAGGAGCCCGAGGAUGGCGACCCGGUGGCUGCRGCCACUGCGAGGAGGAGCAAGAGGGAGAAGCGGGAGGAGGAGCGGGCUCCCGGGGAGCAGGUCCCUCGGAGCCCCGUCAUCAAGAUCUCCUAYAGCACUCCCCAGGGCAAGGGCGAGGUGGUCAAGAUCCCCUCCCGUGUGCACGGCUCCCUGGAGCCCUUCUGCCCCCAGCAGGCCCUGUACAAUGGCAGCCCGGACCCCGAGGCACCGCGGGACAUGGAGCCCAGGGACCCUGGGGACCGCCUGCCCAGUGGGCCCUUGGCCUCCAUCCCCAAGCUAAAGCUGACCCGUCCUGUGCCCGCUGGCUUGGACCUGCCGCCCCCCAAGAUCCGCCUGAAGCCYCACCGCGUGGGGGAUGGCGAACAGGAGCCGCUGUACAGGGCUGAGCUGGUGGAGGAGCUGAGCGGCUGCCUGCGAGGUCCCCGGGCCAGCCCUCCGGCCCUCCUGGCGGACGGCUCUGCCCAUGGGCUGGAGGACUUGUCUUCUGGAAGUUCUGGCGAGGACGAUGACUUCAAGAGGUGUCCCCAAGGUAAACAGGGACGUGAGGGGUUGGCUUUUCUUGUCAACUGCCCGGAAGGAAGGGCAGACUGCACCAGCGAGUCUGUGUGUAGCAGCGACAGCCUGGACGAGUCCAAGUCCUCCAGCUCCGAAGUCACGUCUGCAGACACAGGGGACCUGUCAUCCGGCGACGGUGCCUCCGUGCCUUCCUCCUCCAGGGACGCUAACCAGACAGUCCCACCCCUCACAGUCAGGCUGCACACUCAGAGCGUCUCCAAGUGCGUUACCGAAGACGGAAGGACGGUGGCCGUAGGGGACGUCGUGUGGGGUAAGAUCCAUGGUUUUCCUUGGUGGCCAGCMCGUGUCCUUGACAUCAGCCUUGGCCAGAAGGAGGAUGGAGAGCCCUCUUGGCAAGAAGCAAAAGUCUCAUGGUUUGGGUCUCCAACUACAUCAUUCUUAUCUAUCUCAAAACUCUCCCCUUUCUCUGAAUUUUUCAAACUGAGAUUUAACCGUAAGAAGAAGGGGGUGUAUCGGAAAGCUAUAACCGAGGCUGCGAAUGCCGCGCGACACGUGGCCCCAGAAAUCAGGGAGCUCUUGACCCAGUUUGAAACAURACAUUGGCUCCCUGACCAGGUCACUGAUGGUGAGGGCACGGCUGUCAUCCUGGAGCUUCUGACUUCCAUCCGAGGGACCUCUCGUGCCUUCUGGCCGGCUAUGUGUGGAGACACGCUGGGCACCGUGGUCAGCCUGGUGCAAAGCCCCCAGAGCAGCAGGUGUGUCCAGGGAGGGGACAAGCCCAGGGCACGGCGGCUCCUCUCAGCUGAAUGGGCCUGUGGCUCAGGCUACAAUAUCCCUGGCUGGAAGUCCCAGGAACUCAGUGACAAGCUUGCGGCUUCCUGUGUCAGGCCCAGAUAGCUGCCGGGCUCAGGCAUUCCUGUGCGGAGCAGGGCCUUCCUCCCUGGCCAGUCUAGCCACUGGUGUGGGUGGCCAUGUCCAGCCAUGGAGCAUUCUCCUGGCAUGGCGGUCCUGGCUGCUCAGCUCUGGCUGCCCUGCCAGCUUGAGGAAAACCAAGUUGCACGUCUGCCUGUCUUUCCCCAGCCCUUGGGUGCAGGGUCGUAGGGCAGCUGAGAGCCSGGGACCCGCCCACGUCUCCCCCACGUUCCUCCCAGAGCGCAGGUCUCCCCCGUGCCCAGCCCACCUGCAAGGCCACCUUGUCCUGGAGAUGUUGCCACCAGCUCACGGCACAGUGAGGAGGAGGUGAAGGGCAGGCCUCAGAGACGGGCGCUGACGUUGUGAGGCGCCUCCGCGGUGCUGUGUAAGAGCAUUCCCUCCCCGUCACUGUAACGACCAAAAGGAAGAAGAAAAGGAAAAGAGAAAAUCUGUCUUCUGCCUUUUCUUUGUUUAAAUGUGAAAGA